AUGGUGGGUACACGUAGCAAUGGUAACCCGUCCAGUAGUGAUGUCCCUCCGCCCGAAGUGGACCCACGCCAACUUUUGGCAAUGAUUCAGGGACUAGCGACGAAUCAACAGCAUUUGGCUGGGAACUUGCAGCGGGAGCCUCACCAGCCUCCCCCUCGUACAGAACCUGGUGUUAGGGAGUUUCGGUAUAUGCGACCUCCUUCUUUCUCCGGUGCCGAAGGAUCUCUAGCAGCAGAAGAGUUCCUGAAAGUUACCGAGACUAUCCUUACGGUGACCCGCAUUGCUCCUGCAGAGUGGGUAGACCUUAUGGAUGUCCAGCUCACAGAUACAGCUCGAAUCUGGUGGGCUGCUGAGAAGACACACCUAGAGAGGCCGAUUCUGUGGGAGACGUUCAUUGAUCGCUUCAAUAGGAAGUAUUUUCCUCAAUCGGCCCGAGAUGAGCUCCUGCGUAAAUUUGUCGAGCUCAAGCAAGGGGGUCGAUCAGUCGACGAGUAUGAGGCUGAAUUUUCUUCCUUGAGCCGAUAUGCUCCACACUUGGUCACAGACCCCACUAUCAGGAGGCACCAGUUCCAGAAAGGUCUGGACAAGUAUAUCAGAUUGGCUUUGGCUGGUAGGGCUCUCACGACUCACGACGCCGUAUUGGAUGCAGCACGUGAGAUUGAGAGCGUGCAGAAGGAACCAGAAGAUUCACACUUGAUUCAGAGUAGGACACCAACAGCUCCGACCCGAAGUGUCGAGCGUCUCCCUCCGAGACAGCAGCAGCAGAACCCGCAGAGGCAGCAGCAUUCUCAGCGUCAGCCAUUUCAUCAGAGUCACCCUUAUCAGCGCCCGGGAGUGCAGACUCGCGGCCAGCCUUCGGUGAGGUGUUCCUAUUGUAGCUACCCUGGUCAUACUCAGCAGGAUUGCCCUAGGCGUCUUCAUCUAUGCUUCAGCUAUGGGUCCCCCGACCAUAUGAGUCAAGAUUGUCCUCAGAAACAGCAGGCUCGUUUGCCCCCACCUCCAGUUCGAGCAGCUCCUCCAGCUCCACCUCGACCUGCACCAGCAGCACAGCCCCAGCACAGAUCCUACCCUCGAACUGGACCUCUCCCUCCACAACAACAGCUUUAUCAGGAAGCACAAACGCAGCAACCUCCACGUCAAACAUUCAUGAUGUCAGCUGUGGAAGCUGAGGCGAACGAUCAAGUUAUCACUGGCAAGGUCCUUGUUUCCUCUGUUCCGGCUUUAUCACUCUUUGAUUCUGGGGCUUCCCAUUGUUUCUUAUCUCGUCGAUUUGCGACCGCCCACUCUCUUCCUAUAACUCCUCUGACCACAGGCUGGAAUAUCAAUACUGGCAGUGGUGUUUUAGUAGCGUCCAGUGGUUAUGAAUCAUGCCCUGUAGUCAUCAGCGGGAGAGAGCUCUUUGCAGAUUUCCUGGUGAUUGAUCUGCCGAGUUUCGAUGCAGUAUUUGGAAUGGAUUGGUUGGGAUCGUUCUUUGCCACCAUUGAUUGUCGUCGUCGGAGCGUAGUAUUCGAGAUACCGGAUCACCCGAGGUUUGAAUUCCUCAGUGGUAGUACAUCGGCUGGACCGGUAGAGUAUAGAGCUAGACCGAAGAAGGCGACGUUUGUUGCUAUGCAGGUGGAACCCGAGAAGCCAAUUGUAGUUCGGGAAUUUGAAGAUGUGUUUCCCGACGAUAUUUAUGGGUUGCCACCGGAUCGAGCAAUUGAGUUUUCCAUAGAAUUAAAGCCUGGAACUGCUCCGAUCUCCAAGACUCCUUAUCGUAUGCCUCCAGCUGAGUUGGCCGAGCUUCGGACUCAGUUGGAUGAUCUUUUGCAGAGAGGCUUGAUACGACCCAGUGUAUCGGCCUGGGGAGCACCUGUGUUGCUUGUGGGAAAGAAGGAUGGAUCCAAGCGGAUGUGCAUCGACUACCGGGAGUUGAAUGCUGUGACAGUGAAGAAUAAGUAUCCUCUUCCCCGUAUUGAUGAUAUCUUUGACCAAUUGGGAGGAUCGAGAGUAUUUUCUAAGCUGGAUCUACGGAGUGGAUAUCACCAGGUGAAAGUCAAGGACUCUAAUGUUCCCAAGACUGCGUUCCGGACAAGAUAUGGACAUUAUGAGUUCUUAGUGAUGUCGUUUGGUGUGACUAAUGCGCCAGCGACAUUUAUGAACCUGAUGAAUCUGGUAUUCUAUGAUGUGCUGGACAAGUUUGUAGAAGUCUUUAUCGAUGAUAUCCUGGUGUACUCUAAGAAUGAAGCAAAGCAUGCAGAGCACUUGCGGUACGUACUGAAGACCUUGAGAGAGCAUCGACUAUUCGCCAAGUAUAGUAAGUGUCAGUUUUGGCUAGAUCGUAUAGCGUUUCUGGGACACGUGGUGUCAGGAGGCGGCAUAUCAGUGGAUCCGGAGAAGGUAUCUGUAGUGAAAGAUUGGCCUACCCCUAAGUCGGUGUCCGACAUUAAGAGCUUCCUGGGAUUAGCUGGAUAUUAUCGACGUUUCAUCAAGGAUUUCUCGAAGAUUGCGGAACCGAUGACGCUUCUUACGAGGAAAGAUAUUAAAUUCGUCUGGUCCGAAGCUUGUGAGCAGGCGUUUGAGGAGUUAAAGUCUCAAUUGAUUUCUGCCCCGGUAUUGACGAUACCAGAUAAGAGUGGAAACUUUGAGGUGUUUUGCGACGCAUCAGGAAGACGAUUGGGAUGCGUACUUCAGCAAGAUGGUCAUGUGGUAGCGUAUGCGUCUCGUCAGUUAAAGAAGCAUGAGCAGAAUUACCCUACCCACGACCUGGAGUUAGCAGCUGUGAUUUUUUCUCUUAAGCUUUGGAGACAUUAUCUGUUGGGAGAGCAAGUGAAGGUAUUCACUGACCACAAGAGCUUGAAGUAUAUAUUUACUCAGAAGGAGCUCAACAUGAGACAACGUAGAUGGUUAGAACUGAUGGUAGAUUACAACAUUGACCUUCAGUACCACCCUGGCAAGGUUAAUGUAGUACCAGAUGCUUUGAGCCGUUUGCCAGCAAUCAUGACCCUCACGGCUCAGUGGAAACUUCAGCAGGAAGUGAGAGAUAUGAGUAUAGAAGUUUUUCUUCUAGGAGUCACCGUUUUCUUGAUGAAUCUUCAGAUUCAAUCGACAUUGGUCGAGCGAAUCAAGGCUGCAUAA